GCUUGGAAGCUUCCCUUCCCAACGACUAUCGUCGAAGUCGUCUCCCCAAAACAAACAAAAAAGCCAGAAACAGAGCACAGGGAGAGAGAGAGAGAAAAGAAAUGUCUAUGAUGGUGACGAAUACUUUCAAGAACCCGGUUCUUCCGAUAUCGGAUCCUCCGAUAGACGAGCAAGAAGAGAAAGAGAGGCUUCUGAAAAGAGGAGACGAAAUGCUCUUUAAAGGAUCCGCCAUGUCGAAAAGAGGAGCCUACGCUGCCGUCUCUUACAUGUCUUGCGCUGUGCUUUUGAUACUCUUCAAUAAAGCAGCUUUAUCUUCUUAUAGUUUCCCUUGUGCGAAUGUAAUUACACUCUUUCAGAUGAUAAGUUCGUGUUCUUUCCUCUAUGUGCUGAGACGGUGGAGGAUUAUAUCUUUCACUAACAAUGAAUCUUUGACCAUUUCUGAUAGCAAGACGAGUUUGGUGCCCUUGAAGACAUUGAUUUACACCCUUCCUCUUGCAGGAGCCUAUUUGCUUUACAUGCUAGUCUCAGUGGAGUCUGUUCGAGGAGUAAAUGUUCCCAUGUACACGACCCUGAGGCGAAUUACUGUCGUAUUUACAAUGCUUGUGGAGUUUCUUCUGGCAGGACAGAAGUAUACAUCAUCUAUAAUUGGAAGUGUUGGGUUGAUUGUUCUUGGUGCAUUUGUUGCGGGAGCUCGGGACUUCUCAUUUGACUUCUAUGGGUACGCUGUUGUUUUCUUAGCCAACAUCACCACAGCAAUAUAUCUUGCAACCAUAGCCCGCAUUGGGAAAUCUAGUGGACUUAAUAGCUUUGGGCUUAUGUGGUGUAAUGGUAUAAUCUGUGGGCCAGUUUUGUUGUUGUGGACAUUUCUUCAUGGUGACUUGAAGACCACAAUGAAUUUUCCUCACCUCUUGUCACCUGGUUUUUUGGCUGUGUUGAUUCUUUCCUGUACUCUAGCUUUCUUCUUGAAUUACACUAUAUUCUUGAACACAACUCUCAAUUCAGCAGUCACGCAAACCAUUUGUGGCAAUCUGAAGGAUCUUUUUACCAUUGGACUUGGCUGGAUACUUUUUGGUGGGCUUCCCUUUGAUAUUCUGAAUGUUAUUGGGCAAUUGCUGGGGUUUGUUGGUUCUGGUUUGUAUGCCUACUACAAGCUUGUAGGGAAAUGACUGGUCAGGUUAAGAAACAAGUACUGUCUAUUUUUUUUGGUCCGAACACGAAUGGAAAUGUAUUAAACUGAAAUGGUUUGAUAUCUGGAAACUCCACCUUCCCAGUUCCCCUUAGAAUCUCAAAUGACAAUACCACUCUGUACUACGCCUGGGUUGCCUAGAGUUGACCCCAUCAGAGUUUAAUUCAAACCAUCCCCUUUUCCGGUGGUUUCCACCUUGACAGGUGCAAGGGAGGUGUAAAAUCUUUUGUUCCUUCUGUGCUGCAAGGGUCAAGUCUGAAUUCUGAAUCCCAGUCCUCUUCCUCCUUCCUUUGGUUCUGUAUCCCGUGAGUCAAUCUCCUUAUUACAGAACAAACAGUUGCCUUUUACAGGAAGGUCAACCUUAGGCGUGUUUUUAGGUUUCAACUCAUCUUCCUAAUUUUAUACAUAAGCAAAUGCCACAAUACCAUUUCUUUA